AUGAGCAGGCAACCCGCAGCGCCAGCCGCCGAGGGCGGGGCCCGCCAAGUCAACCCCAUCCGGCCGGUGGCUAUCCCCCUGCCGCGCUUCGCCUACCACCCACCACAGCAGCAGAGGUCGGCCUUGACAUUCCAGGCGCCGCCGCAGCAGGUGAUGCAGGCCCUGCCAAUGGCGCCUCAGCCUGUCCCUGCAGCUGCGGCCAAUGCGCGCGGGCUGCGCUUCAGCCAGCCAACGGCUUCCCAGCUGCACGCUGCCUUCCCGCCCUGGUCACAGCGCUCCCAGCUGGAUAGCGUGCUGAUGGAUGAGCAGGCGGACGACAGUCAGGGGCUACUGGAUGCUGCCGGUGUGGGGAGCGCGCCGCAACCCACCGCCGACUAUGGCCACCCCCCCAGCCAACCUGAGGUCACCCGUGGCCCAGCGCCGGCGCAGACCGCCACCAGGCUGCUGAACGAAAUCAGUAGGAAGGCGCUCAACCUGGAUGCCCACCCGCUGCUGGCCGGCCUCAGCGCCAAGCUGGAGGCAGCUGACGGCAGGCAGAGCAGCCUGGAGGCGGCGGUGGGCGACCUGAAGGCUGGCCUGGCGCAGCAAGGCAGCAAGCUGGAUGACAUCGCCAACGCCUGCGCGCAGCUGCUGCAGGCUGUGCAGUUGGCGACCGGGGCCUCCAGCAGCAUGGAGGAGCGGCUUCAGGCCCUGCUGGCCAAGGAGCCGUGCGUCACAGGAGACAUGGCCACGCAGACCUCGCCUGCCACAGAGCUGCGCGGCCGCCAGGGCGCAGGCCCCGCGCCAGCUGCUGCUGUCGUGGCGCCCGAGCCUCCUGGCCUCCUGCAGACCUUCAGCCAGCGCCGCCCUUCUUCGGCCGACAUUCCAUCUGCUCGUAAGGCUGCACCGCUCAAGCCCACCGCCCUGCCACCUGCAGCUGGUCUGCAGCGUGGCCUGCAUGCUGCCACGCCUGGCGAGCAGCGUGUGUCUCAGCCUGCCAUGCCCACCACCUUCCCACCUCUGCCGUCGCACUCCCGGCACUCCAUGCGCCUGGCAGCAGCUGGCGGAGGGCAGGCGCAGCACAGCCCUGCCGCUGCACCAGCAGCAACGGCGGCACCACCCAGCAACGCCGCCACUGCCAAGCCACGUGCCAGGGCAGGCACCGGAGGCAAGAGCUGCCUGUCAGCCAAGCCUGCUGCCGCAGCAGCAGCGCCUGUGGCGAGCUUCAGCCGCAAACGGCGGCACGACAGCUCCAGCGACCAUGCCCACACCUCAACCGGCAAGCAGCAGAAGCGGCAGCCGGCGGCGGUGAGACCGGCGCCGCGCCCGCAGGCCAGCCAGCAGCCCCGCCAGGAGGCGGCGGCAGCACUGGGCAGCGCAGAGGCGCUGUUUGACUCUCUGUUUGCUGCGGAGGAUGAUGAGGGCGCCGGCGCGGCCGAGGAGCAGCAGGGGGGGCGGAGCGCUGCCAAGGCGGCACCUGGUGGCGGCCAGCAGCGUGAAGGUGGGAGCGACACGACCGACCUGGCGGCCGCCGUGCAGGCGCGCUUGCAGCAGCACAAGAGCAAGAUGGCGCGGUCGCGCCGCCGCCACGCCAGCCUGAGCCGCCGACAGCAGCAGGAGGACGAGGAGUAG